AUGCAUCCGCCCUACCUUGGUUUCCAUGAGAAAGAGGAACUUAGGCUUCUUAUGGGACACAAGGUCCACCACCUCGCGAACUAUGUGAUUGGGCGUGUGGUUGAGAUUUAUUCUCCUGUUGAGAAGGUCAUAGCCGGUAAACUGAGUAGGCUAAUUGAUUUUGUGCUUGAAGACACUAGUCAAAGACAAGUAAAGUGUACCUUGUGGGAUGAUCAUGUUGAUGAGCUAAGCUCGUAUUUUAACUCUGCUGUUGCUGAUCCUCUCAUACUGUUGAUUCAGCUGUGCCGAGCUAAAAUAAUGGACAAUGGUGAGGUGCGAAUCUGCAGCUCUUUCGACACCACGCAGCUGUUUUUUAACCAUUCGUGUAAGGAGUUUAGGGAACUAAGGAACAUGUCAAAUCACUAUAACACGAAGUUGACACCACUGCGACGUAUCCAAUCUAGCAGCAGACUGUGUGGUGCUAAUAUGGACUUUAGUCAGGGCAGUAAUGAUUUGGUGGAUAACUACUGCAAGAGAAAGCUUAUUGAGAAGGGUGGAAUGAUGGUUUGUGGUGGUUGUAAAAGUUUUUGGCAUGAAGGAGUCGUUAGAUAUAAGGUAAUAGUUCGUGUAGCUGAUGAUACUGGAGAUGCCCCGAUGCUGAUAUGGGAUCGUGAAUGCUCUGAUUUGGUCGAUGCUUCUGCGUCUGAUUUAUUGGCUAAAUACCCUGAGGGGAAUAAAGGAAUUCCCCCAGAGUUGGGAUGUUUACAUGGGUUGUCAAUGCUAUUCAGAAUUCUCAUGAAAAAGGAUCAAGCUGAGAGUUACUACUCAGCCUUCACAUUUCUUAGCAUUUGUAGAGAUGAAAAUGUUCUUGCCCAGCAUUGUUCAAAUAUGUUGGGAGGCAGUGAAAUAGAUGGUAUUUCUGGUGAUGGGCAUUGUGUUUCUGGGGAUUUCUUUUCUUUUGAUGAGGAAGAUUGUGUGGCAGUUGAGGAGGUUUCUCAGUGCUCUAGUUUAGAAAAUGUGACUGGUUUGGAAGAUUUUGAAGAGGGGUUUGGUGUGGAUGGUGCACCUAAAAAGUAA